AAACUCUGCUUUCUAGUAAACUUGGCAUUUUACGAUAUCUUGUGCAAUGGCAGGAGUGUUUCUCGUGAUUCAUCGUGUGCCAACCAGUUCAUUAAUCACGGGGAUGUGGCCGAUAUCUAAAUUGGUUCUAGCCAACACGGCUUUGUAAACACAACAAGUGCAUUCAAUUUUUGAUGAUAUUUUUAAAUUAUAAAAAUGAAUGCUAUCAUAGCUGUGUGUCACUUCUGUGAACUCCAUGGCCCAAGAAUUGUAUAUUGCACACAAUCUUUCCAUCCACAAGAACACAGAGCUGUAGAUGAUGAGGAUGCAUUGUCUGAUGUCAGUGCUGGUCAUCUACACAACCGGUCAAAAGCCAUAAGACAUGGUUCUUUUUCUUCUACUGAUAGUGCUGCUGUGACAAGUAUGAAGACAGAUCUUUGUGAAGGCUGUUAUUCUGUCAAAACUGGAUUUGUUAGUCACGAUGAUGAAGUUCCUAUUAGUUAUGUGAGCAGCCAACAUCCACACCAUCCCAAAGUUUUUAGUAUGGUACGACAAGCAUGUCUGCGCAGUCUUAGUUGUGAGGUGUGUCCUGGUCGAGAAGGUCCUAUUUUCUUUGGUGAUAAACAACAAGGCAAUGUUCUCAGUUACACUUUCUAUAUCCAAGAUAAUCAAGCUCGUGGAUUUAAACGUUGGUAUAGCAUCAUCAUUGUUAUGAUGGAUAAAUUAUAUUUGUUGAACUCUUGGUCUUUCCUUGUACCAAAUUUACAACUUGUUAUCAAGCAACUACAAAUGAAAGCAGAAAAGGUCUACACUGAAGAACAGACAAGAUGUCCGCAGAAAGGCUACAGAGACAGUAUUUACCCAGCAAGCUUCCGGUUUCAACGAGGUGGUAACAAGCCAGCUAGAUCGUUGAAAGAAUUAACAGAUGAUAAACAUAUUUUCAAAAUGUUACAUGUAUCAUUUGUGUGGAUCCUUAAAGCUUGCGUUAACCGAAUAACUGAAACCUCUCUCGAAGCCCCUCCUACAGAAGAUGCUAUUCUGGAUACAGAGAGAUUAGAAGAAACUGAAGAAGGCUUUAUAAAACUCUACAUGAGGAAAUCCAGUCCAGACAAAGAAAAUCCAGACAUUGAUUCAAUGGAUGCCGACCCAAAUCAGCCGAGAUUUUAUAAUUUACAAAAUGUUAUGCAGGUGCUUGGUUAUUUAAACUUUCACACGGUGGCUCAUCAUAUUGUCAUAGGGAACCAAUUAAUUGUCAAGGGUACAGAGAAACAGCUCGUCAAGUCAAUGUUAGAAGUCUUGAAGGGUUUAUUACCGAAAGGCUGUUGUAAAAUAAUUCCUUACAGUGAAAAGUAUGAAGAAUCUUGGCGCUGCAACUUUUUAGGAGUCCCUCUUGGAGUUUUGUUACCUAACCAUAUUCUAAACUCAGAACAGUUCCUUUUAAUCGAGAUCCUCAGUCCUGAAGAGGGACCACAAGAUCUCAAUAGCUACGAGUUCAAAAUCAGUAGCCAUGUUAUCCUGCCAGAUAAAGCUCCUAAGGUAUUAAUCCGUAUGGAACUUGCACUAAGAAAUACAAAUCUAUGCUAUGAAGUUAUUGAACAAUGCUUAAUUUGCUUAAAAGAAGAAUGGAUGAACAAAGUAAAGGUUUUAUUCAAGUUCACCAAAGCUGGUGGCAGCCGGUCAGAAGACGACAUGAAGAAACUUCUGCAAGUAGUUGGUGCCAAAGAAGAAGACAAACAGUUGCUAAAGUUCUGGAUGACUGGUUUAAGUGUUCAAUACCGUAACCACAUUUUGUCCACAUCAAUGAAUAUGAACAUGGUUCCUCCUUAAACUGAUGUCAUCAUCACAGUUCCAAAAUUCUUCUCCCUCUUUUUCUUGUACAUAAACAUUUGUGCGUGUGUGUGUGUAUCCUGGUGUAGCCACCCGGUUGCACCAGUCCUCAGUCAAAUCGUCCAACCCAUGCUAGCAUGGAAAGCGGACGUUAAACGAUGAUGAUGAUGAUGAUACACACACACACACACAUACAUAUAUAUAUAUAUCGAAAACAAAUCAGCAAGAAAAGAAAUGUUAAUUGCUCAUGAAUUUGUAUGGGAAGGAAGAAUUUUCAAUUAUAAAUGCUGAGAAUAUUUAUAAAUUUCAGAGCUACUUUUAUUUGAGUAAAAUAAAAAUAGUUCUUGUAUUUGUUAUGUAUAUAUGCAUAUAUAUAUAUACACAUAUAUAAAGUGUAUAUAUGUAUGUACAUGUGUGUGUGUGUAUAUAUAUGUAUGUGUAUAUAUAUAUAUAUAUAUAUAUGUAUAUGAUUAUAUGUGUAUAUAUAUGUAUAUGUUAUGUAUAUAUAUAUGUUAUUUGUAUGUAUAUAUAUAUAUAUAUGUUAUGCAUAUAUAUAUAUAUAUAUAUAUAUAUAUAUGUAUAUAUAUAUAUAUGUUAUGCAUAUAUAUGUAUAUAUAUAUAUAUAUAUAUAUAAAGAGAAAAAGACCAUUUUUUGUAUGUUUAAUAUUUUGAAAUCUUUAUACGCUAAGUACCUGUUUUGCAAAUUUAAAUUAAAAUUCUAUGAAAUUUGAAAAA